AUGGGAAGAUUUGCCAUUGAAGACAACUGGCAAACGACUACCGGCACAACUGCUAACAAUACCAGUCAUGCUGGAGAUUCUUCCACAACCACUACGAGGAUUAAUCUUGAUCACGUUGUUGUGAACCAAAGAAGGCCCACACAGAACGCCAAUUCCAAUAAUUCCAAUGCAAUGAUGAUUGUGGGAAUGCCAAGCUUUCUAACACUGCUCUUGACGACUGCUGUUGUAUUACAUCCAACCUGUGACGCUUGGGCAGGAACAGCUACUCGAAGGAGUACCUAUUACUCUUCUUCCACUACCAUCUUUCCAUCGACAACCACUGCGACUGCGCUGAAUCAUCCAGUCUUGUUCGGUACUACUACUACUAGUACUACACAACAACAACAACAACAACAACAACGAAGGAAAGCAGCCACCGCCAUGACGAUGGAUCUUCGCAUGCAAGACAAUGGGGGUGCUGCUGCAAACUCGAUUCGAAUGCUAUUGGACCAUUCACGCUUUCCUUCCUCACUCCUUACUACCACCAGUCAGCUGGUUCAGAGUCGGCCAGUGGACGAUACACUACUUGACUCAAAAUCGUCCAUUCCUAAAAAAACCUAUGGCGUCUUGGGAUUUGAUGUAUUCCAGUCUCCGGUGGGGCUUUCCAAUGUCAAUUUGGAAACCUGGAACAAUGCGGAUGCGGGAGACAUUGGAUUUCAAGCCAUGAAUGCUCGUUUGGCCCAUGGUAACAUUAAGGAUAAUAAUAGCAAUGCUACCACGAUCACGACGACAACAGCAACAACAACAACAAUACGGCAAGAGGACAAUGGACUCGAGAUUCUUUCCAAGGGGCAAAUCUUGGCGUUCAAGGUGCCAGAACUCAAAGAAGCAUGUGCCAAACGAGGUCUACUCAAGAUGGGGAACAAGGCAGACCUGCAGGAUCGUCUAUUGGAUUGGAGUGCUGCACAACAACAAAAACAAAAACAACGAAAGCAGCAGCCACCAAAAGACUUUGUUGCGGAAUGGUUUGAUGACGAAGACGACGAUGAUGAUGAAAUGCUCUUGGACGAAGACGAAUAUAGUAUUCGAAGUAACGAGAUGGAAGCUUCUGCCAAGUCGCCCAACUCGUUGGAGGAAUGGUCUCGAACUGUGGACUUGGAGUCCUUGCGCAAAAAACGAAGGGAAAUUCAUAGACUAAAGCGACAAGGAUCUAUUCCGCCAGCGAGUAAGAAACAGCAAGAGGAACAACAGCAACGGUUGCGGAACAGGCACGCAGACUCGUCGUUAUCCUCGUCCAAGGAGUACUUGCAAAAACUGAAAAAGACUUUGGAAACUCCUUCUUCCCAAUAUUCUUCCAAUGUCCGAGCCAAAGAAAUAUACAUGGCAUCCAAACACGCGGAUCAGGCUGGAGAUCGAGAAACUUCCAUUCAACUUCUGCAAACUUUGUUGACUGUCACACCGAACGAUGGCAGAGUGUACCGCAGACUCGCUCGCAUUUAUAACGAACAAGGCGAAACAAUCAAGGCCCGAUCGGUACUGCAAACGGGGCUUCAAAAGCAACCAGAAAAUCCUUGGUUGUGGCAUGGUCUAGCACAAUUGUUGGAUCACAACAAUCACGGCGGCUCAAACGACUCGAAAAUGAGAAUCAAAAGGGCCUACCAAAAAGCAAUUCAGCUGGAUCCUACCUUUGCACAUUCUUAUCACGCCUUGGGUACUUUUGAACACUCCGAGGGAAAUAUUGCUCAAGCCAUGAGAAUACUGAAACAAGGAAUCAAAUACUGCCCCACUAAUCAUCAAUUGUACCAUGCUUUGGGAGAUAUUUACCGAGGAGCAAGGUUGUUGGACGAUGCGGAACGGUCCUAUUAUCGUUCCUUGGAACAUGGAUCGCCGAUCAACUAUUGUUUUGCCUUUUCAGCAUUGGCAGCGGUGGCAUUUGAAAAGGAGGAAAUCAACAAUGCGCGAAAGUGGCUUCGAAAAUCUAUCCGACUCAACAAUGGUAGACAUGCUCAAGGAUGGGUUUCACUUGCCCAGCUAGAAGAAUCCCAAGGAAACAUUGACGUGGCACGAUCCAUUUGUGUUCAGGCAAUCACCCAGUACGAAGCUCAAUUGAUCGAAUCGGGAAAACGUUACAGAGCAAAGUAUCAGGGAGGAUCCACAAGAAUGCGAGAAAAUGACGAGAUACCCGGACAAUCAAAGUCUUCUUUCCUCGUAUUUGAUGGAAUGGAGAUCAUGGAUUUUGAAUCUCUGAUGCAGCAAGCGGUUCCAAGGUAUCGAUCGGGCGAUCGUUUUCUCAAAGUUUUCAGAAACUGGGCUCGAUUCGAACAGAGGCACGGGACUGCUGCAAACGUCGAUGCUGUUUUUUCACGAGCAUUGGCUGCCUUUCCAAUGGCCAUAGAGCUGCCAUUGACCUGGGCCAAGUAUCAUGCUUCGAAUGGAAACUACGAUCAGGCUAGAAGCCUUUUCACCGAAGCCUGUGAUGUGGAACAUCGAAACCAAAUUCAGGCAUUCCAAGAGCUGGCAGAGUUCGAAAUAUCCAAGGGUGACUACAAGAGCGCUAGUAAGAUACUGUACAAGGGAGCAAAUGUUAUCGCUAGCUCGGAAGACGGAGGCCUUUCACACUGGAAAGAUCUGGCGAAGCUUUACACUCUUUGGGCAGUCUGCGAAUGGCACAAUGGAAAUCUGCCUCGUGCGGAAGUAUUGUUUGACCAAGCUAUGCGGCAAACGAAUCAGGGCGAAGAAGGCGCGGAAUUGCGGUCUUUCAUUCUUUAUUGCAUGGCCCGUUUCGAUUGCAGUCGGAGAAAGUACAUUUUGGCACAGCACUGCAUUGGUGUUUGCAUGAAGGAAAACGCAAUGCCGCUGGGCAAGUCACAGGUAUGGAAACUAUGGGCCACCAUUGCGUCGGCCAUGAAAAAUACACGACUUCGAGACGAGUGCCUUCGCCAUGCAGAGGUUUCAAUGAAACGCGAACACGAUGAACACCCUCUUCUCGGUCCUGUAAACUCUGAGACUGGAGGGUAUCGCCUAGGGGCCGAGCGCAACUUCUUCCGACGAGAACCAUGGCAAAUCGAGCUCUUUGGCUUUGACGCGACGAAGAAUUCAAGAUCAGACUUUUACUCUCGAGUUGAAUUUCCGUCGUCGAUGAGGAUUCCAGUGGAGAAUCGAAUUGAAAUAGAAGAGAGCUGCCACUGUUAG